AGACAGUAAAUUUGUUUCCUCUUCACGCCCAAGUUGUCCCAGCCCACCUCCAGGAGCAGAUAAAAGGGAAUGCCUGGAGCUGUGGAGCCAGAGAAGACUCUGAGCACUUCUCUCUGCCCUCAGCACCAGCUCAGCUCUGUGGAUCUCCUCAUCUUCCCCAGCUUUGGCUCUUUGAGGAGAACCAGCCAUGUCUCGUCAGUCUGUCUGCAGGAGCUUCGGAAUUGGGAGCAAAAGGGGAUUCAGCUCCUGCUCUGCUGUUGGUGGUGGCUUUGGAGGCAGUGGUGGCCGGAGCAGGAUCAGCUACAGCUCGUUCUCCACAUCCCGGGGGAUUGGAGGUGGCAGCGGACGCUGUGGAGGAUUCAGCAGCCGGAGCCUCCACAACCUGGGGGGCAGCACAAGGAUUUCCAUGGGCAGCUGUUAUGGCAAUGGCUACGGAUGUAGAAUUGGUGGCUUUGGUGGAGGAUUUCCAGGAGGAUUUGGUGGCAUUGGAGGAGGUGUCAUUGGUGGAGGAAUGGGCGGCUUUUGUGGCCCCAUCAGAGGUGGCCCUGGGUUCCCUGGAGGCAUUCAACCAGUGCAGGUGGACCCAACCCUCCUGCGGCCAGUCCACGUUGACAUCGACCCUCAGAUCCAGCAAGUGAAGUGCCAGGAGAAGGAGCAGAUCAAGACUCUGAACAACCAGUUUGCCUCCUUCAUUGACAAGGUGCGAUUCCUGGAGCAGCAGAACAAGGUGCUCUCCACCAAGUGGGAGCUGCUCCAGCAGCAAGGGCCAUCAGGACCGAGGAAGAACCUGGAUGUGAUCUUUGAGAAUUACAUCCAGAACCUGCGGAGGAGGCUGGAGUCUCUGCUGGGGCAGCGGAGCCAGCUGGAAUCAGAGCUGCAGAACAUGAGGCAGUACGUGGAGGAGUUCAAAACCAAGUACGAGGAGGAGAUCAACCGUCGCACGGCUGCUGAGAACGAGUUUGUGGUGCUGAAGAAGGAUGUUGACUGUGCCUACAUGACCAAAGUUGAGCUGGAAGCCAAGGUGGGAGCUCUGACAGAUGAAAUCAACUUCCUGAGGUGCAUCUACGAGGAGGAGCUGUCUCAGAUGCAGACGAUCAGCCGGGACCUGUCCGUGGUGGUGUCCAUGGACAACAACCGGCACCUGGACCUGGACAGCAUCAUCGAGGAGGUCCGGCGCCAGUACGAGCAGAUUGCCCAGAACAGCCGGGCUGAGGCUGAGGCCUGGUACCAGAGCCGGUAUGAAGAGCUCCAGAGCACAGCCGGCCGGCACGGGGACAGCCUCCGCAACACCAAGAUUGAGAUCCAGGAGCUGUCCAGGAAUGUCCAGAGGCUGCGGACAGAGAUUGAGAACGUGAAGAAGCAGAACCAUCAUCUGCAGUCAGCUAUCGCUGAGGCUGAGGAGAGGGGAGAGAUGGCCACCAAGGAUGCUAGGAGGAAGCUGGAAGAGCUGGAAUGUGCCCUGAGCAAGGACAAGGAGGAACUGGCUCGCCUGCUGAAGGAGUACCAGGAGCUGCUGAACAUCAAGAUUGCGCUGGACGUUGAGAUUGCCAUGUACAGGAAGCUGCUGGAGGGAGAGGAGAACAGGCUCUGCUUAGAGAACCCCUCCAACGUGAAUGUCUCUGUGGUGGGCAGAACCACCGUGUGCGGAGGCAGAUCUGGCAGCUUUGGAGCCAGCAAUGGCCUGAGCGGAGGAGGAGCGUGCACGGUUGUUGGUGGGAACAUCAUUGGCGGCAGCUGUGGUGUGGGAGGAGGGAUCCUCAGUGGAGGCUUCUCCUCUGGGAGCGGGAGGAUGUGCAGCACUGCAGGUGGCAGCUUCAUGGCCGGGGGGGGCUCCUCCUCUGUGCGGAGAUGCGUCACCACCACGACGGUCAAAUCCUCUGGGGUCAAAUACUGA